UUCUAGCCGAAAUCACGAUGACGAUGGACGUGAGCAAGUCGGAGCCGAGUAAAAAUGGCGCGACGCAGCACGAGUGCGCUGGAUGUGGGAAAGCGAUCACGGAAAGGUAUCUCCUCAAGGCCAUGGACCUGUUCUGGCACGAGGACUGUCUGAAGUGCGGGUGCUGCGACUGUAGGUUAGGAGAGGUCGGUUCUAGUCUGUUCACCAGGGCCAACCUUAUCCUCUGUAAGAGGGACUACCUCAGGCUGUUCGGGAAUCCGGGACACUGCGCGGCCUGCAACAAACAGAUACCGCCGUUCGAGAUGGUUAUGAAGGCCAGGUCGAACGUCUAUCACUUGGACUGUUUCGCUUGUCAACAGUGUACUCAUCGGUUUUGCGUGGGCGAUCGAUUCUAUCUGUGCGAGAACAAAAUCCUGUGCGAGUUCGACUAUGAGGAGAGGCUCGCGUUCGCCAAUAUGUCAGUACAAACACCCGCCACGCUGGCGUACAUCAAAAGGCAACUGCCUCCAGCGCCGACACCGCCUGGCCAGAACAUGCAUCCUGGUCACAAUCCACUGCAACCUCAUCAGGCACUUGGCCAGUCGGUGGGUCAACAUAAUCACGUGUCGAACGGGCAGAUGUCAGGGAGCACGCCGAUGGUGAACGGAACGGCCAUUGGCGUCGGUGGACCCAGAGCUCCGGGAGACAUGAACAACAACGGGCUAUCGGGUCCAGCCCUCGGACCGGUGAAGCCACCGCCGAUGUCUAUGCAGGCUCCGACCAGCUGAAACGAGGUGUCACCCCCUCUGAAGAAGCUCAGAUGUCUCAGCGGUUAUUGAGGCUAUUGACGCUGACCGACGAGAUGAACGGGAGGUACGGAGAGGGAGUACGGGCGAGGAUUAAAACGUCGUGACGAAAGUGAACGCGAGGAACCAGAGUGAUAGACAGAGAGGACGCAUAACAUGUGGAUCGGUGAGAGAAAGAAGGCAAGGUUGAAAAGGGGGGUGGGAAAAGACGAGUCGUUCGCGACGAGAAUGGAACGAAGAUGGGAAAGAGAAACGAGAUGGUCUCCGCGACGGAUCUCGAGGAUACCCGCGGAGGAUCGAACGUUUUUGGGGGAAAUAGUCGUUUAGAGGUUGGGAAUAAUCACUGUGAUCGCGAAUUGUAUGAAUAAAUUUAUGGAAAGAGAUACGAUAGGAGCUGCAUAGGACGUGGACAUCUCGCGAAGAGAUACACGUUUAAUACACGUCUUGUAAUAUACGGUACAACAUGUAACAUGAUAAAAAUAGGCGAUUUAUGUAAGAUACGUUUCUAGCGAGGAGAAGAGCGAUUAGAAGCGUGCGAGUAAGCGUGGAAGGGCGACCGAGUGAGAGGGUGAGCGAAUGGGGCAGAGUUACUUGUAAAUAUCUGUAUCUGUCGACUCUGCGACACCGAAAGACUAUCAGUAUACGCAGACCAAUCGAACGAAUUUCCAUAGUACUCGCGAUUCGUCGACAUUCGACGUUUGACGGCCGAUCGAGAAGACGAGUGUCGAAUAGGCGAAGGAAGAGAAUCGUCGUAAGUUUGUUCGUAAGUUACUGUUUGCUGUUUUUCAAUUUUAUCGUCGGCUCGAGACGGAGGUCUGUGAUUCGCCUGGACAGAGGCGAACGAACGUUCGAUUAAAUACCAAAGGUAAAAUCGAGAGAUGUUGUUCUGUUCGAGGGGAAUCUCGGCGGCGCGAAUGUGACGAAUCUCGAGACGUUCCCAAAAUGUCGGUAUACGAGGCGCGAGCGAAGGCGUACACGAUGGCUAAUACCAAAGAUUAACGAUGUAAGUUUCGAUGCCCCUCGGGAGAGCAAGUCGACGUCUCGGAUUUCGAAUAUUCCUUUCUCGGUGAUAAUGGCGGUGACGGUUUACUCGAGCAGCCCGUGUCUACUUGCCGAGCUUCGCGGAGAAUGCAUCUUUAACGCGGUCUGCGAUCGGAAACUUGCGAAACGAGGGGCUUAGUCGCGGCUUUACGCUUUAACGCCAAAAGACGAGCGAAAACGGUCCAGACGAAAGGAGAAGCAACAACGAGGAAAAGAAAGGAAAAGAACGGGAAUAAGAUCAAACGGCGGCAUCGAUACCAAAAGACGAUUGAGAAAAUCCGAUAAACGUUGCGUGCGCUGAUAAACGAUCCGUUUUGAAUCACCGACGAAGCAAAUCACAUUUGAAGGCGCCAGAAUCGUGAUCGUGGUACUCGUAGAGAAUUUGCCUGACCGUACGCUUAUACGACGACAAAAUUUAUCACCCUCUCCUCCUUAAUCUCGACGGAGUUGUUGACGUUGUCGUUCGAUCAGACUGUCUUCACGAGCCACGUGGGACGACUCGAAUGUCGCGCUGAUUCUACAGGAUACUGCAUUUCGAAACCACCGAAUCGAUUAAGUACAAAAGAUGUUACGCGAAGAGGAUGUCCUACGAAGCGGGCGUGAGGUAGCAACCUGUGGCGAAGAGAAAGAGGGAGAGAAAGAACGAAACCUACACGAGUGAUUCGCGCUCCGAAUACGCGCGACAGAGCCGAACACACUUUCCUCUCGUUUUUUUUUUUUUUAUCCAUCUGUAUAUAAAUAUCAUUUAUUAGCGCACUACUAAUAUAUUUACCGCCUCUAUAGAGGCUCCUAUUACUACCGAGAAAAUAUAACAUUCUUAUAAAUACAAGCAAAUCGUGAGUUUCAA